CUCAAAAGGGUGCAUAUGUCUAAUCUUCGGACUAUCGCACUCAUCUUUGCCGUUGGCCUAAUAGUAAACUUUUUACAUGGGGCCUUUUUCGGCAUUGAUGAGGAGAUAGCUUCUGAACCUCCUUCUAGCCCUGCUGAAAUUACCAAAGAAUCUGAUGGCAUACAGUAUACAGUGCCUCAAACCCCAGAUCCUCCUGAAGCUACAGAAGAUGACCUAUUCGAGGAUAACUCUGCCUUAACAGAAGAUGACAAUGAUUAUUUCGAUGAGGUAGUCGAACCUGAGGGUUACCAACAUAAACAACAAGAUUCACAUAAUUUCAAGCAGCGUAAGAGAGGUGGGAAGCAAUCUCAAAUAAACACAGUCUUUGUUCAAUACUGUACAUCAUGAUCGUACAAACCGGCUUUCGAUAAUAUUGCACAAUAUAUCGAGUCGAAAAAUCCCACUGUUGUUGUGACUGGAGAAGAGUAUCCUCCUUCUUCCACGAAUCAACUCCUAUCCACUCUUCUAGGAGUGGCUCAAAUCGUAGUUGUAGUUUUAAUUACAUUCGGAGAGACAAUCUUCCAAAAACUAGAGAUGCCAAUUCCACCGAUCGUUGCUCAAAUGCAAGAGAACAAGCUCAUGGUUGGAAUCGGAUCAUUCUUAUUGGGAAACAUGAUCAGAGGACAACUCCUUGCUACAGGCGCCUUCGAGGUCUUCUUUGACGGAGAACUUGUGUUCUCUAAGCUCCAGACAGGCCAGAUGAUAGAUGAAAGUAUGAUGGUCAGUCUCCUUCAAAGUUACAAGGUGGUUUAAUCUAUUUACUACGGUUAAAUCUAAGAUGUGAAGAUAUUCAGAGCCAAUUAAUGACAAAUAC